GUGGCCAUGGCGGACGUGCUGCGUGCGACGGCCGGGUGGGCGAAAGAGAGGCGCGUUGGCAGUGGCGGGUACGGCGACGUGUAUCGCGGCGUGAGCCCCUUGGAUGGCUGCACGCUCUGGGCUGUGAAGCGCGCUAGAGUGCUCACCAACGAAUUCCGACGCGAGAUCGACGAGAUGGCAUCGAAGCACCACCCUCACCUGGUGCGGCUGCUGGGCUAUUGCGUGGACUAUGACGCGGCGGCGGAUCACAUGGAGCAGAUCGCCAUCUACGAGUUCAUGCCCAACGGGGACCUGCACCACCGCUUGCAUGGCGAUGGUGACACAGGUAAUAUCACCCCCCUGACCCUGCAGCAGCGGCUGGACAUUCUGAUAGGAGUGGCGCGUGCGCUGGAGUAUCUGCACAGCUUUGGCAUCGUGCAUCGCGACAUCAAGCCCGCCAACAUCCUCCUUGACGCCAACAUGCAGGCGAGUGCAUGUGCUGAUGGGCAUGCAGGCGAGUGCAUGCACUUAUGGGUAUCACAUGAGAAGCCAACAUCUCAUGCAGAGCCACUCAUUCGACCUGUCCUGCACACCUCUUUCUUAUCUUGUUUGAACCUCCUUUCUGCUUUCUACCCUCUCUCUCUUUCGCUCUUGCUCCGUCACUCUCUCCCCUCCUGCCUUCGUCCGUCUGCUCACUCCCCCGUCCCUCUCCCCGCCACUGCUCUCCCCAGCUUUGGAGUGGUCAUGAUGGAGCUGCUCACCUGCAAGCGUGUCGUGAUGCCAUGUGAAGAUGGAUCACACAUCCACAUCAAGGACUGGGUAGAGCAGCAGGUGGAGGGAGGGGACAUUGCGUCUGUUGUCAACAGGGGUCACAAUGCACCGCAUGCCGCGGCCUCCAAGCUAGUAGAGAUAUCUCUCUCAUGUGUUGCAGGGCUUGUAUCAAAUCGACCCAGUAUGAGCCAUGUGCUAGUUCAGCUCGAAACUCUGCGCAGAGGGCUGAUGGGUGGAAAACAGGAGAGGGCAGCCAGGCUGUUAGAUGCAGAAGUUCAACAAGCUUCAAUGGAUUCUAGGGGACUUCACGAGGAGCUUGAGAUCAUCAACGGUAUGUCUCUUGAUUGA